ACGCUGCCAUAUACGCCAUGCCAAGCAUUGUAUGCUAUGGCCACUGUCUCUCAGGGAUCUAGUCCAGUCUAUCGUAAUAAGACAGCUUGGCAGGCUUGUGGCGGCUGUUUGUCAAACUAAAACUUGUCACUUCACUUUCCCGGCGCGGCAGUAGUGGGGCAUGAAGGCGGACGCAAGGGAGAAAAGGGGAGUUAUUGGAGGGGAUAGGUUGGUUCGCCAGCGGCGGUUCCGUGGUUCAGUAUGUUGGCUGACCAGAGACGGAAACGGGCUAUGCUCAGUUACCCAUAGGAAUAGGCCAUCCCAUCCCGCUGCGUUGGCCCGAGAUUGCAGGACCUGAUGAGGCCCUCCAUUCUACUACGCAUAAACCUGCUACACUCUGGAUACGGGACAUCGUGUAAUGCAGAGAGGGAGCCACGAUGCACUCCCUCCCAACCAACCUCAGAUGCGCCAUUUACAUGUGGGGAAGAUCUCGACUAUCACCCAGCCGCUGAACACGGGUGAUCUGAGCAAAUUAUGCCCUUUUCCCUCCACUCCCUCCGCCGAGCCCCAUCGAUCUAGCCCAAGCGGGCCUGCUCCUUCCCUUGCUGCACUUUCCACCUCAGAAACUUCAUCCUCCUACCAUUCAUUUAGAUGGCAACCACAGAGAGCUGCGCCUUCCUCAUCAUCUCGCUACGGCCCGUGCUUCGCAGCAGUGUUUGGUUGGUUGGCUAGGUGGGUGGCUGCAUCGUGAAAAAUGACCAUCCAGACCCCCGGCAUCGAUGGUGUCUCUGUCAAUCUUCCCCGUAAGUCUUGGUACGACAGGUAUAGUGCAGCUUGCCGUACUGUCUGUGCUACUCUACCAUUUUUUUUUAUACUGGGCCUCCUUGCUUGAUCAUCCUCCCUAGACCCGGCAUAUUUCCUUGGAGGCACGUCCGUUUACUCUUGGCUUCUGGCCAACUUUUGAUGUCCCCCCCGUUUACUACUCCUGGAAGUAGUCGGCGGUGAGGUGAGUGGGGGGUGUGAGAUGGGGAGGACCCUGAUGAAGGGGACCCCGAGGAGAAAGUGUGACCCCAAGCCACCGGUAUAAGCAAUACCAGAUUGGGUUAUGAAAAGCUCCCCUCCUCAAAUAUAUUCUUUGCCCUAUGUUCCCUAUCUUACCCGCUCGUGUCUCCUCCUAAUCUCGUUUCCCCAAAAUAUUCUACCUCUUUCUCCCCCUUACCUUAUUCCUUCGGCUUAUUCUCACUUAAUCGCGGCUUCCCUAAUAAACCUGUCUCUCCUGCUUAAUAGACACUUGGCAGGCAACCUUAAUCUCUCACCUCUCACAGACUAGACUGUCCCUCGAGUCGUCCUUCCACCUUUACAUCUGUCCAGACGACAACUAUUCACCCUAUCGUGAACACAGAUUUCUCACACGGCGUGCACGCCGUUCUCACCUCCUCACCUCCGCCACAAUGUCAAUAUUUCUAUGGGCCACCCGGCGAGUGGGAGGCCUCUCAGUCCUCACAUUGGCGUCCCUGCUGUCCAUAUCACUAUACCUCGAGUGGUCGACGCGCAAACAAAAUAUCCAAAAGCCACACGGUGAUUCCAAAGCGCCGAGCCAUGCCUCGCAUACAACGGCACCCAUCACCAAUGGAGGCUACUGGACUCUCGCUUUCGCAUACUACUCCGUCCUCAUUCAUGUCAUGGUCCUCAUGUUCCCUGUCCGAGCAUGCUUAGCAGUGGGCAGCCUCACGCGCGGUGUGAAAGCUGUUUCGCGCAACAGGAGUCUACAGCGCUUCAAGUAUGGCCCGACACGCAGGCUUUCAUUCAUGUCUCUCGCGAGUGAUGUGACUCUCACAUCAUCCCUUGCCUCGACCACGGCUUCCAGUGAUGCGGGAGACUCUGACAUGAUCGACUCCGUUACCGAUGUUGAGUAUGACCAGGACAAGGUUAUUCAUGCUAUUAUAAUCCCUAAUUACAAGGAGGAUGUCGACGGGCUGCGCGAGACCUUGGAUGUUCUUGCUUCUCAUCCUCAGGCACGAUUGAGUUAUGAUGUAUAUCUUGCAAUGGAGACCCGCGAAUCUGGCGCAGAAGUAAAGGCUAUGGGCCUGGUCUCCGAGUAUAUGAAGAAGUUUCGUUUUAUCUACUUUACGAUGCACCCGAGUGAUAUUCCAGGCGAGGCGCCUGGAAAAGGUAGCAACGCCGCAUGGGCGGCGCGGAAGCUCAGCGAGAGAUAUUCUAUUGAGGAGCGCAGAGAUGUCAUUAUUACUGGAAUAGAUGCCGAUAGCCACCUUUCUUCGAACUACACCGCUUUAAUUACUAAUAUGCAUCUCGAAUACCCGGAGUUGGCACAAACCACCCUAUACUCAGCACCUAUCUUAUUCGACAGAAACGCCCAUCUUGUCCCGACUGUUGUCCGAGUUGCUGAUAUCCUAUGGUGCGCAGCUGGAUUGUCUGGCCUAUACGCCUGUUCGUCUAUCAGGCCGCCUACCUCUGUCUAUUCUCUACCCCUGGAGUUGGUAGACCGCGUUGGCGGCUGGGAUUCGGACCCUGAGGCCAUCGGAGAAGAUCUGCACAUGUAUCUGAAGUGCUUCUUCGCUUUGAACGGUAACCUGACGAGCAGGACCGUUCUGUCUCCUGUCAGCCAGACAAGUGUGUGCAGCGGACAGAAGGGACACCGAGGCUUGGUUAUGGAUAUCCGCGCAAGAUACGCACAGGCUAUGCGCCAUAUGUGGGGUGCUUUGGAUAGCGGAUAUGCGAUGAGACAAAUGGUCAAGCUGUGGAAGAACAGGAAGACGACAGUCCACACCUACAGACCACUCCACACGACCCUCAACGCCGAAACCGACUACCUCCCCACCCCCGACGAGAAGAUGGAAGAGCGCAAGGCCGAGAACGGCAUCUUCUCCGACGUCACGCACGGCGACGUCAGCUCCCCCGACUACAUCCGCAUCUUCUACCUCUUCCACCGCCUCUUCGAGGCCCACUUCCUCCCCACCCACAUGAUCCUCCUCGUCCUCGCCUCCUCCCUCUACACCUGUAUCACCGCCGACAAGCCCGACACCCUACACAUCGGCUGGACCUUCGCCCUAACCAACUACCUCCGCAUCAUCAGCUUCGGCGGCACAGCCGUCUACCUCAUGCUCUACGAGAGCUACCACGCCACCGGCGCCGGCCUGCGUCUCGCCGAGAUGACCGCCGUCGGGCUCGCGGAGCACAUGGUCUUCUCCUUCCGCAAGUUCCCCGGCAACCUGGUCGAUUACGCGGUCUCGCCCCUGGUGGCGCCGCUGUUUGGAUGUGUGCCCGCGCUGCAGGCGCAGUUUAGCCACUUCUGGACGCAGGAGCUGGUUUAUGCUGUUAGUGCCAAGCCGGAGGUGGUGGGAAGGGUGAGGGCGAAGAGUGUGAGUGGGGAGGAGUUUCUGAGCGUGUGAGGGGCUGUGUGCUUCGUUGUGAAUUCUUCUUUUUUUCUUGCUGCUGCUGGUGGAGUGGGGGAGUUUUGGACAGAUGAUAGUGUAUUUUUGGGGUUG